AGAUUGCCUGAAAAAGAGAGCAGGAGAGAGAGAGAGCAAGUGAUGGGUAGGAGGAGGCAGAGGUUUUUCUCCUCUUUGUUUUGUCUGAUCCGACACGAGCCACAGAACGUGUGGGCUUGACCAAGGAAAGGCAUCUCUCCCAUGACGCUUCACCCUCAGCCUUCCCCUCUGUCUGUCUGCCUGCCUGGAGCUGAGGCUGGAGCUGGACUAGUUGUUGGCUAACGGAGAGGCUAGUCGCCCUGAGGAGAGCUGGAGGAGGAAAGGAGGAGGGGCUGAGCUGAGCCAGUGGGCUCGCUCUCUGCCUCACAGACACGUUUUAUUGACUUGCUAAUUGCCUGAGACACUCGGAGGAGAGGAUGCAGUGAGGGAAGGGAGGGAAGGAACCUACUGUACAUAAGAGUAUUACAGGCAGAGGACCAGAGAAACAGUGACUGUGUUCUGCCUAUCUGGCCACCAUCUCUGCUUCUCUUUGCUGGGGGAACUAAAAAAGAUGUUUGCAGCCUGCCUUUCACGAUACGUGCAUACGUGAUUCAUGCAUGACAUUAGUGUGUCUUUGCCUCGUAUGCAGUCGGAAGGAGACUACCCACCCACCACACGCUUUUGUGACACGUGAAUGAUUUCCAUAUUUAUGUUUUUUCUUGCAUUUACCGUAACUGUUUUUCCUCUGCUGGGUCAGCGAAAGCGGUUGUUUGCUGUGUUGCCUGCUAUGUCUGGUUUGGCUUUACCACGGUACAUACCCUUUGGUGUCUGUGACGGUGCAAAUUAAAAAUAGAAACAAAUAUUUGUUAACCAAUCAAAUGUAAUGGGAAUAAGAAAAUAUGAAGAUUCUGAAGCGUACAAUGGAUAUUCUUCAAUGGAAAUGAAGAAAUUAUCUGAGAAGCUUACAGACUGAAGACUGGCUUGAGGCAGUUCAUCUUGUGUGCUUUUGUGGAGUGGGGAGCUACGUAGUACAGUCUUGGUGGGCAAAUGGACAAAGCUCAUUUGUUGGCUCUAUCAUAAUUCCAGAAUACCCAGUCUCAAACAUCAAGAUCGUGGAAAGCAAUCUCAGAUCCCUGGCUUUGGGCUGUAGAUUAAUCUUGCGUAUGGAGAGAGGGAGGGAACGAGAAAGGGAGGAUUGUGAAUGAACCCGUGGAGCAGUCCAGUGGCAGCAGUCUUUACAGAUCAGCAAAGAGGAGGUGAAGAGAGGAUUACAGGAAGGAUUCAAAUAAAAACUAGUCUAGACUUAAUUCAGUAACUUAGCCUUGUUAAAAGUAUGCUCCACUAAUUCAAGAUACCUUAGAGUGAUUCUCUGUCUCGCUUGUGCUGACUCUUGAGUUUUCACGUCAUGGGUUCAGAAGCCUGAAGAAGCAAUCCAGGAAGACUCUAACCACCUCUUGACAAGUUACCAUUCACCCACAUCAGACGUAUCUAUACGCCAGGCAGUUUGACAGUACCAUCUGACUGGUGUCUGGCCUGGCUAUUGUCUCCGUGGUGAAGCCUCCGGCUGUGGGUUGCUAUGCCGGUUCUCUGUGGGUCUGUCUGGGUCACAGCGAGGGUGCUGCCACUCUGCUGAGGUUGGUCUGCCUGUCUUCCAGCCUGCCGCCCCCAUGAGCCACGCGGGCACCCUACAGAGACGCACCACCUACCUCAUCUCCCUUACCCUGGUCAAGGUCGAGGCCGUGGGGGGUGAUGGAGUUUCCAUCGGGCCCCAGCCACAACGGACCCUUGCUCUGGGGAGAGCAGGAGUGGAGGGCCCAGAGGAUGAAGAGCUGAGCAGGACCACUGAGGAUGAGGGAGGACAUGCAUGUGCCGAGGUGAAGGGAGAGGGGAACACAGAGAUGGAGGAAGAGGAGCAGGAAUACGUUAGCUUUGGGGGACCUGUACAGGAGCGGGAGAAGCCUGAGAUAAAGGAGCGAGAGAGUCGUGGUCCAGGCUCCUCAAAAGAUGUCACGUUGGAGACUAAGAGCAAGGAGUCUCCCCUCCUACCGAAGAAUGUGAAAGACCAAGUGAAAGGACUUGCAGGGGUGUCAGAUGUCCCCUCAGUGGGAGGGCUGAGGAGAGAGGGAACCCGCCCUAAAACAGAGCUCUAUAGGGAGCCACCCAUGCUGUUCCCAAGGUGCGAGGAAGGGAUGGGCGACGCAAGCAACACCCUCUCCCGGGGCAGCAUGCCCAUCACCGUACCGCCCAGGCUCACCCAGAGACCCGAGGUCCUGAUGAGGUCACAUGCCGGGGGCGGGGCUGUAAGCCGGCGGGAAUUGAGGGAAACCAAUCAGAGUAUGCCUCCAUCCGCCAAGAGUCUGGACCGCAAAGACAACCGCAUAGGGGACCGGUCUCCCAUGACAGCUGCUGUGGCCUCUCUGGGACCAUACCGGGCGUCCUGGGCGGACAGUGAUGGCAGGUCCACCCUCCUUCGCCAGGGAGCCCCCCUGGGGGGGGGGUUUACGGACGUGGUGACCAGGGAAAGCCCCAGAGGGGAUAGGCUGAAGACAGGCUCAACCUCCCUGCCAGCCCAAACCACCCCUCAGAUAUCCAAGCCGCCGAGGAAGGGCAAGAGCCGCACUCUGGACAACAGUGACCUGCACUCCCUCUCUGAGGACCUGAAGAAGGGGAAGGACAGCCAGAGUCAGGGGGGUACCACCCAGCGUCCCCCCGCCCGUGACCGCAAGAUGCUCAAGUUCAUCAGCGGCAUCUUCACAAAAAGUACGCCUGCGCCUCCUUGCUCCAACACAGCGCCCCCUAUCUACACGCCCAUUCAGAGGGGUUCUAGUGAGGAGGAAGCGGCUUGCGGUAACAGUCAAGAAUGGACCUUCAGUCGAACCGUCCAAGAGCUCCGUCUGGGGGUGUUGGGAGGUCUCCGCAGUGGGAAGUCAGCCCUGGUCCACAGACACAUGAGCGGCAGCUACCAGCCCCUGGAGAACCCAGAAGGGGGCAGGUAUAAGAAGGAGGUACUUGUUGAUGGCAACAGUCACAUUUUGCUGAUCAGGGAGGAGACAGGACCCCCGGAUGCACAGAUGGCUAGCUGGGUGGACGGGGUCAUCCUGGUCUUCAGUCUGGAGAAUGAGGCCAGUUUCCAGGAAGUGUACAGGAACUACAGCGAGCUUGGCAUCCACCGCAACAUCGCUGAGAUCCCCUUCAUAGUGGUAGGAACCCAGGAUAAAAUCACCAGCACCAACCCUCGGGUGAUAGAGGAUGCCAGGGCUAGACAGCUGUGUUCAGACGUCAGGCGCUGUACCUACUACGAGACCUGCGCUACCUAUGGCCUCAACGUCAACCGCGUCUUCACCGAGGCUGCCCAGAAGAUCAUGGCAGUGAAGAAGCAGGCAGCUCUACUGGCCUCCUGUAAAUCCCUGCCCAACUCCCCCAGUCACUCUGGAGGCUCUACCCCAGUGUCAGGAGUCUUCCCUGGUCAGGCCAGUAAUGGUGGUCAGAGCAGUGACUACUCGUCCUCUCUGCCCUCCACCCCAGUGAUCAGUCAUAAGGAGAUCGGUGGGGCAGCAGGGGGGGAGAGGCUGGGCAGCGCCACCCCAGGGUCUGUCCGCAGUGCCCCACGGCGACGCACUGGUUCCCGCUUCACGGGCCGUAGGGGCAGUGACUCGGAGAGGAGGAGUACAGACGGUAAGAUAGGAGACCUGGGUAGUGGACGCUCCAUCCCCAUCAAACAGAGCAUCCUGCUGAAGCGCAGUGGGAACUCCCUCAACAAGGAAUGGAAGAAGAAAUACGUCACGCUGUCCAACAACGGCAUGCUCUCUUAUCACUCUAGCGUCAACGACUACAUGCAGAAUGUCCAUGGGAAAGAGAUGGACCUGCUGAGGGUGACUGUGAAGGUGCCAGGGAAACGCCCGCCCCGUGCUGGUGCCGUCCCUUCCUGUGCUCCUCCGCCCGGCCUCAACGGCCUGGUCAAAGACGUCCAGGGGCCUGAGGGGGCCAGCGCGGUCCCUGGUAGUGGUAGUAACCUCCUGCCUGUAGAAGAGGGGACGGGAGGAGGGAUGUCUCCUGGGGGGAACAGAGGGGUGCAGCGCUGCCCCUCUACUCUCUCUAGCAAGCCCCAAAGCAUGGACUCUGCCAUCGAGGGGGUGUCCAGAACCUCCUCCUAUAAAGAUACAGGCCCAGCCUCCCCAAUGGUUGACAGGAAGAAGCAUCGCAGGAAGAAGAGCAUGAACCAGAAAGGAGACGUAGCCAUUGGCCAAGCAGAUGCAAAGCGCAAAAUGUGGAAACUAAAAAGCUUUGGUAGCUUAAGAAACAUAAACAAGACAGACGAGGAUAACUUUGACUUUCUGAUCGUGUCGAGCACGGGCCAGACGUGGCACUUCGAGGCCCAGAGUGUGGAGGAGAGGGACUCCUGGGUGACGGCCAUCGAGAGCCAGAUCCUGGCCAGCCUGCAGCUGUGUGAGAGCAGCAAGAACAAGGCUCGUAAGAACAGUCAGAGUGAAGCUGUGGCACUGCAGGCUAUCCGUAACGCCAAGGGCAACAGUCUCUGUGUGGACUGUGAAGCACCUAACCCAACAUGGGCCAGCCUGAACCUGGGGGCUCUGAUCUGCAUUGAGUGUUCAGGAAUCCACAGGAACCUGGGCACCCACCUGUCCCGUGUCCGCUCUCUGGACUUGGACGACCUGCCCAGAGAACUCACCCUGGUGUUGGGUGCCAUCGGCAACCACCUGGCCAACAGCAUCUGGGAGGGACGUACGCUGGGCCGCAGAAAACCCACGCCCGACGCCACACGAGAGGAGCGGGAGUCGUGGAUCCGAGCCAAGUACGAGCAGAGGUUGUUUGUGGCUCCGCUGGCCCUGCCCUCCUCCAGUCAGGGGUUAGAGGUCAACACGCUGUCAGCCAGUCUGCUGGCGGCCGUGAUGGAGAGGGACCUCCCCCGCCUGCUCCUUCUCCUGGCCCAUAGCACCAAGGAUGACAUCAAUGCCCCCCUUCCCCCAGGGGGUCACCUCUCUCCACCCCCCCCUGCUGCCUCCCCCAGCCCUCCCCUGGAGGGCUCCCUCCGGCCGCCUUGCUCUGCGCUGCACGCCGCCUGCCAGCUCGCCGACGUGGUCAUGACCCAGCUGCUGGUCUGGUAUGGCAGUGAUGUGAGGUGUCGGGACGCCCAGGGGCAGACGGCCGUCACGUUGGCACGUUAUGCUGGCAGUCAGGAGUGUGCCGACAUCCUCCUGCAGUAUGGCUGCCCCAACGAGCCCGCCCCUUCGGUUGCCACAACACCAAGCCUUUCUGUUGCCACAACACCAAGCCUCUCGGUCGCCACGACACCCAGCCUUUCCCGCAAGAGCAGCGCAGGCAGCCUCAGCCGCAGCAGCUCCAGAAGAGCAGUGUCUUAAUGUGAGGAGGGUAGAAAACGUUUGUGUGUGUGUGUGUGUGUGUGUGUGUGUGUGUGUGUGUGUGUGU